GGGGGGGGGUAUUAUUCUUCGGCCAAGCCGGGUGUCCGUUGUUUAUUGGCAUGGUAUAUUGUUCUCGGCGUUUUUUCGGCAGACUGCCGGAUACCUAUUAUUAGGGUGCUGUGUGCGUUGGCCCGGUAUUGUGUGCGGUGUUCGUUUGUAAGUAUUUCCGGCGUUUUCGCCACACCCAAUGCUCAGGGCGUCCUCAUGUACAUCGAGACAAGUACUUCAAUGUUUACAUAUAUAUGCCGACCGUGCCUGCAUGCGACACCCCAUAGCACGACGUUAUCAGAGGCCAAACUCAUUGUUGCUGUCGGUGCCGUGCUACUGUCGCUAUUCGACCAUUCUUGCAUUNAACCUAUAAUUAGGGUGCUGUGUGCGUUGGCCCGGUAUUGUGUGCGGUGCUCGUUUGUAAGUAUUUCUGGCGUUUUCGCCACACCCAAUGCUCAGGGCGUCCAUCGAGACAAGUACUUCAAUGUUUACAUAUAUAUGCCGACCGUGCCUGCAUGCGACACCCCAUAGCACGACGUUAUCAGAGGCCAAACUCAUUGUUGCUGUCGGUGCCGUGCUACUGUCGCUAUUCGACCAUUCUUGCAUGUUUUUCUUCGGGAAUCAGGAGAGUUAUGCACUGCUAGGUGAGGGUCCCGACUCCAACAGGCACAAGCGUGUGCGGUGCAACAACAGAGGGGUACCACCAACAGCAAUGUCAGUUCAAACCUAGCUGACGCCAUUCAAGAGUACUGCACCUAUGGUUGGUAUUGCAGCACAAUUCUAAGUGCUAUACAACCACAAGAUCAGCAGCUAACAUAAUCAAUGCUCGGUGUUGCCGGCACUGUGUCAGGGCAUAAGCACGGUGCCUGUAU